AUGGAGGACCAAACGCUACGACGGACGACUUCGCCUUCUCCGACACAAAAGUAUCUCCUUGCGUACAACGGCAUCUGCCUUGUACUAUGGUCCAUCAUUACCCUUCGAGCCAUCUUUCUGAUACCCGCUCUGUCCGCAUUUGGCAAACUUGAAGGUCUCCUCGAUGCCCUCUUCCCUCUCCUCAAAUGGACCCAAACCAUCGCACUUCUCGAAAUCGUCCACGCAUCCAUCGGCCUUGUUCGAGCGAGCCCUAUCACCACUGCAAUGCAAGUUGCAUCGAGGAUCUUGGUGGUUUGGAUCGUACUUGAAAUGUUUCCUCAAAUCGUUGCCACUAUGAAUAUCUUCGGAAGGCCUGCCGCCGGAUCGACUUCGGGACCCAUAGCGUUUUCGGGGAUCCUGCUAGCUUGGGGUAUCACAGAAACAAUUCGAUAUGGAUUCUUUGUAUGGAAAGCUGCUGUUAGUGAAAGAGUGCCCAACGCAUUGACUUGGUUGCGGUACAACACCUUUUUUGUCUUGUAUCCCAUUGGCAUUUCCAGCGAGUGCUUGCUCAUGUAUCUGGCUUUGACUCCAGCAGCGAAGCAGGGAAAGCAAGUGGACCUACUUUUGAAGAUUGUUCUUGCCGUUUACGUCCCUGGAAGCUAUAUUCUGUACACACAUAUGAUGGCACAACGACGGAAGGUCAUGAAAGGCAAAGGCAAAUCAUCAUAA